AGAAUGGCUCGGUUCGGAGACGAGGUACAGUCCAGGUACGGCGGAGGGCCCGGCGGAGGGGGCCAGGGCGGCCGCGGUGGUGGCAGGCAAGGAGGCCCCCACGGACACGGGCACGGCCACGGCCAUGGCCACGGUCCACCCGGUGGGCCCGGGACCCAGAGAAUGUACAAGCAGUCUAUGGCGCAGAGAGCCCGGACUAUGGCCCUCUAUAAUCCCAUCCCCGUGCGCCAGAACUGUUUCACCGUCAACCGCUCGCUGUUCAUUUUCAGUGAGGACAACUUUGUGAGAAAAUACGCCAAAAAGAUCACCGAAUGGCCUCCAUUUGAGUGGAUGAUUCUCGCCACCAUCAUCGCCAACUGCAUCGUCCUGGCUCUGGAACAACAUUUGCCUGAUGGAGACAAGACGCCGCUGUCUGAACGCCUGGAUGACACCGAGCCGUACUUUAUUGGGAUCUUCUGUUUUGAGUCUGGAAUAAAGAUCCUGGCUCUUGGCUUCGCUUUCCACAAGAACUCCUACCUGAGGAAUGGAUGGAACGUCAUGGACUUCGUGGUGGUGUGCACAGGGAUCCUGUCCACUGUGGGUUCAGAUUUCGACCUGCGGACCCUCAGGGCUGUGCGCGUACUGAGGCCCCUCAAACUGGUGUCCGGUAUUCCCAGCCUACAGGUGGUGCUCAAAUCCAUCAUGAAGGCCAUGAUUCCUCUGCUGCAAAUCGGCCUGUUGCUUUUCUUCGCCAUCCUCAUGUUCGCCAUCAUCGGCCUGGAGUUCUACAUGGGCAAAUUCCACACAACCUGCUUUGACAAUUACACAGGUGAGAUCCGCAGAGAGUUUCCAUGUGGGACGGAGCUUCCGUCGCGGCUGUGUCCACUGGGCACCGUGUGUAGAGAAUACUGGCUGGGACCCAACUACGGCAUCACCCAGUUCGACAACAUCCUGUUCGCUAUCCUCACCGUCUUCCAGUGUAUCACCAUGGAGGGCUGGACCGAUCUGCUCUACUAUAGCAACGAUGUCUCAGGGAGUGCAUGGAACUGGAUGUACUUCAUCCCCCUCAUCAUCAUUGGCUCCUUCUUCAUGCUCAACCUGGUGCUGGGUGUGUUGUCAGGGGAGUUUGCCAAAGAGAGAGAGCGUGUGGAGAACAGGAGUGAGUUCCUCAAGCUCAGAAGACAGCAGCAGAUUGAGAGGGAACUCAAUGGUUACCUGGAGUGGAUCUGCAAAGCUGAAGAGGUCAUCUUGGCGGAUGAUGAGAAUGAAAACGGUUAUGAUGGGUCUCGAAGGAGAGCCACAAAGAACCAUAAGAGCAAAGCUGAGCUGCUGAACCCAGAGGAAGGAGAGGGAGACCUGGCCGUAGGUUCCCCAUUCGCUCGUGCCAGCUUGAAGAGCUCCAAGCUCGAAGGAUCAACCUUCAAGAGGCGCGAGCGCCGGCUGCGCUUCUUUAUCAGACACAUCGUUAAGUCCCAGGCCUUCUACUGGGGUGUGCUGUGUUUGGUGGGCCUCAACACGAUGUGUGUGGCUGUGGUUCACUAUGACCAGCCAGAACCACUUUCGGAUUUUCUGAAUUUUGCAGAAUUCAUCUUCCUGGGGAUAUUCUUGACAGAGAUGUGUAUAAAGCUGUAUGGCCUGGGCAAAGUGGCCUACCUCAACUCCUCCUUCAACUGCUUCGACUGCAUUGUGAUCGGUGGUAGUAUAUUCGAAGUGCUGUGGUCCUUCGUCCAGCCGGGCACGUCGUUUGGCAUCAGCGUGCUGCGAGCUCUCAGGUUAUUGAGGAUCUUCAAAGUCACCAAGUACUGGGCAUCUUUGCGUAACCUCGUCGUUUCUCUGCUCAACUCCAUGAAGUCCAUCAUCAGCUUGCUCUUCCUGCUCUUCCUCUUCAUCGUCGUCUUUGCCCUGCUGGGCAUGCAGCUCUUCGGAGGACAGUUUAAUUUUGAAAAUGGCACUCCUCCGACCAACUUCGAUACCUUCCCCGCAGCAAUAAUGACAGUGUUCCAGAUCCUGACCGGUGAGGACUGGAACAUGGUGAUGUACGAUGGCAUCAAGUCUCAGGGCGGAGUCAACAAGGGCAUGGCCUUCUCUAUCUUCUUCAUCGUCCUCACACUGUUUGGCAACUACACUUUGCUCAAUGUGUUCUUGGCCAUCGCUGUGGACAAUUUGGCCAACGCACAGGAGCUGACAAAGGAUGAGCAGGAGGAAGAGCAGGCUGCCAAUAAGAAGAUCGCCCUGCAGAAAGCCAAGGAGGUGGCUGACGUCAGCCCGCUCUCUGCCGCCAACCUCUCCAUCGCAGCCAACAAAGUACAGAGUGAGUGUCACAACGCUUCCGACCCCUUUCUGGACUGUAAGGACCAACAGAGGAACAACGGUAAAGGAAUCAAUAAGUCGGUGUGGGAACAACGUACCAAGGAGCUGAGGAAGCAGACCCUGGCGACCAGCCGAGAGGCCCUGUACAACGAGCUGGACCCCGACGACCGCUGGAAGGCAAGGGCAGGGAGGGAGGAGCAAAACAAUGUGAACUUCUCUCGAAACGUCCGUCCAGACAUGAAGACCCACCUGGAUCGCCCCCUGGUGGUCGACCCCCUUGAGAACCGCAACAACAACACCAACAAGACCACUGCCAACAAUUCAGACCUCUGCUUCAGCCAGCACCAUCCGGCCGAUGAGCUCCACAGACAAACACACCUCCACGAACACGCCGGGGAAGUAGGCGGGGGUGGUGGCGGAGGCUCGGGUCCAGUCAGACCUCCCGUACAGCGGGGGGAGUCCACAGAAAGCAGGCGGAGCCGCAAAAGUGAGCACCACCACCACUCCUCGCACGUCCGACUGGAUGCCACGGUGAUCCCUGGGCCCGGCUCAGAGGAGAGGCCGUCCAGACGCCACCACCACACCCGCAGCGGGAGUCGAGGGGGGGGGCAGUCGGAACACAGGAAGCCCAGGUCGCAUCGAAAGAUUGCAGAGGAAGGCGAGGAGGGCGGGGGAGGUGGUGGGAAAACGGGGAGGCACAAGAGCAAAGGGGUGGAUGGAGGUGGAGAGGGAGGAGAGAAAGAAGCACUUGUGGAAGGCAGUGAGAGGAGGCCGAGGAGAAGUCGCCAUGGCAACCAAACAGACGGCGAGGGGAAGAGGAUGUGUCAGCAUAGAAGGAAGGAUUGCAGUGUCCCCAACCUGUCGACCACACGGCCCAUCCAAAAGAGCCUCUCUAGGCAGGACAGCCAGUACAGCGAGGAUAUGGACAACCUCAUGAAUACCAAGCUGGUCUCCGGUACCACCCCGCCCGGCGAGGGUCACCCCAUCCCCGGUGCCGGCCGCACUAUGGCCCCCGGCUAUGGAUCUGCCCUCCAUCUUGCAAACAGCGGCACUCACGGGAGUUUAGUCACGUUAGAUAGCUACGGGAACAUCGGACACCACCGUGCCAGCAGUGUCCUCAGGCUGCCCCACCCCGACUACACAUCAGUAGACAUGCCAAUUUUCCCAUCCACCAAUGCCAUACUGCAGGUCAACAAGAACGCCAACACGGAGCCUCUGCCGGCGAAGGAGGACAAGGACGACGAUGACGAUGAGAAGGGAGGUGAAGGAGGACCCAGGCCCAUGCCUCCCUUCAGCUCCAUGUUCAUCCUGUCCACAACCAACCCGUUUCGACGAGCAUGUCACUACAUCUGCACCCUGCGUUACUUUGAGAUGUGCAUCCUGCUGGUUAUCGCCAUGAGCAGCAUCGCUCUGGCUGCUGAAGACCCCGUCUGGCCGGAAUCUCCUCGCAACAAUGUUCUACGCUAUUUUGAUUAUGUCUUCACUGGAGUGUUCACAUUUGAAAUGCUGAUAAAGAUGGUGGAUCUGGGCUUGGUCUUGCACCAGGGCUCUUAUUUCCGGGACUUGUGGAACAUCCUUGACUUUAUAGUGGUUAGUGGUGCUCUGGUGGCCUUCGCCUUCACCAGCGGCGGCGGGGGGAGUAGUAAGGGAAAAGACAUCAGCACCAUCAAGUCCCUGAGGGUCCUGAGGGUGUUACGACCUCUGAAGACGAUCAAACGUCUUCCCAAACUCAAGGCUGUGUUUGACUGCGUAGUGAACUCUCUGAAGAAUGUGCUCAACAUCCUGAUCGUCUACAUGCUCUUCAUGUUCAUCUUUGCUGUGGUGGCUGUGCAGCUUUUCAAGGGACGCUUCUUUUUCUGCACUGAUGAGUCCAAAGAGUUUGAGCGCGACUGCAGAGGCGAGUACCUGGUGUAUGAACGCGAUAACGAAGUGAAGGCGCAGAAGCGGGAGUGGAAGAAGUACGAUUUCCACUACGACAAUGUGGCUUGGGCCCUACUCACCCUCUUCACCGUGUCUACCGGAGAGGGGUGGCCGCAGGUGCUGAAACAUUCAGUGGAUGCGACUUAUGAGAACCAGGGCCCGAGCCCCGGCUACAGGAUGGAAAUGUCCAUCUUUUACGUGGUGUACUUCGUGGUCUUCCCCUUCUUCUUCGUCAACAUCUUUGUGGCUCUCAUCAUCAUCACGUUCCAAGAGCAAGGAGACAAGAUGAUGGAGGACUAUAGUUUAGAAAAGAAUGAGAGAGCCUGCAUAGACUUUGCCAUCAACGCCAGGCCUCUGACGCGCCACAUGCCCAAGAACAAGCUGAGCUUUCAAUACCGAAUGUGGGAGUUUGUGGUGUCGCCGCCAUUUGAGUAUACUAUCAUGGCAAUGAUCGCGCUCAACACUAUCGUGCUCAUGAUGAAGUAUGACGGAGCUUCUGGUACCUAUGAAGCUGUGUUAGGCAACCUGAACAUAGUGUUUACCUCCCUCUUCUCCAUGGAGUGUGUACUCAAGAUCAUCGCCUUUGGAGUACUGAAUUAUUUCAAAGAUGCCUGGAAUAUUUUUGACUGUGUGACAGUUCUGGGCAGCAUCACCGACAUUCUGGUUACCAAUCUGGCGGAUAAUUUCAUCAACCUAAGUUUCCUGAGGCUGUUCAGGGCAGCUCGUCUCAUCAAGCUGCUGAGGCAGGGAGAAACCAUCCGCAUCUUGCUUUGGACCUUCGUUCAGUCCUUCAAGGCUUUGCCUUAUGUCUGCCUCCUCAUUGCCAUGCUGUUCUUCAUCUACGCCAUCAUUGGGAUGCAGCUGUUUGGUAAUAUUGCUAUUGAAGAAGACCAAGAUUCCGCCAUCAACGAGCACAACAACUUCAGGACCUUCGUACAGGCUCUCAUGCUCCUCUUCAGGAGCGCAACAGGGGAGGCGUGGCAUGAGAUCAUGCUGGCAUGUCUGGGGAGUAAAGACUGCGACCCCCUGGCGAUGAACCCGGAGCCGGAGUGCGGCAGCCAGUUUGCCUACCUCUACUUUGUCUCCUUCAUAUUCUUCUGUUCAUUCUUGAUGCUAAAUCUGUUCGUAGCCGUCAUCAUGGACAACUUUGAGUACCUGACUAGAGAUUCAUCCAUACUGGGACCUCACCACCUGGAUGAGUAUGUCAGGAUAUGGGCCGAGUAUGAUCCUGCGGCCUGCGGGCGCAUUCAUUAUAAGGACAUGUACAGUUUAUUACGAGUUAUCGAUCCGCCUCUGGGCUUAGGCAAGAAAUGCCCCCAUAGGGUGGCCUGCAAGAGGCUGCUCCGCAUGGAUCUGCCGGUUGCCGACGACAACACGGUCCACUUCAACUCCACCCUCAUGGCCUUGAUCCGCACUGCGCUGGACAUCAAGAUCGCCAAGGGUGGUGCGGAAGGUGGUGUUGACAAGCACCAGAUGGACGCAGAGCUGAGGAAGGAGAUGAUGGCGAUCUGGCCCAACCUCUCCCAAAAGACUCUGGAUUUGCUGGUGACGCCGCACAAGUCAGCGACAGACCUGACAGUGGGGAAAAUCUACGCUGCCAUGAUGAUCAUGGAGUACUACCGCCAGAGCAAGAUCAAGCGCUCGCAGGCUCUUCGUGACGAGCAGAAUCGCACGCCAUUACUGUUUCAGCGCGUGGAGCCUCCUUCCCCCACCCAGGAUGGGGGCCCGGGACUGAACAACGCCCUCCCGCCACCUGAGACGACUGAGAACAGCCUGCCAGUGGAGGGGGGGGUCCCGGAGAGCACUUCAUGGGUGACGGCCCGUGCUCAGGAGAUGUCCGGCAGCUGGAGCCAAGAGGGACACCCUGAGGAUGGCCUGGGAAGCAUGAGCAACUCUCAGACGGUAGAGAUGAGAGAGAUGGGGCAGGAUGGUUACUCGGAUACUGAGCACUUUCCACCAAUGGAAGGCCACGGCAGGGCCGCUUCCAUGCCCCGCCUCCCAGGCGACAACCAACAGCGGAGGAGAGGGAAACAACGUGGCAGUAACCUCAGUCCCAUCAACGACAGCAGUCCCAUGAAGCGCUCGGUCUCAUCCAUGGGCCACAGCAGGUCUGGGCGAGGCCACAGAGACAAAGGAGGGGCGGAAGACUACAACAUGGACCGUGUGAUUCCUGAGGAGGGGAGGACUUCCAGACACGGACACCGACGAAAAGACCGGAGCCACCGGGCGUCCGAGAGGUCCCUCUGCCGUUACACGGAGGCCGACACAGGCCUGGGCACAGACCUGAGCACGACCACCCAGUCAGGCGACCUCACGUCCAGAGAAAAGGAUCGCGACAGGGAUCGUGGACGAUCCAAAGACCGCAAACACCACCACCAUCAUCACCACCAUCACGGCUCCGUGGACAAGGAGCGCUACGUGGCGGAGAGAGGCGGCGAGUACGGACACAGGCACACCCGUGACCGAGAGCACGACCGGGAGCAAGACCGGGAGCACGACCGGGACCACGACCGGGAGCACGACCGGGAGCACGACCGGGAUCAAGAGAGGGAGAGGGACCGCCGCUGGUCACGAUCGCCCAGUGAGGGUCGUGAGUGCAUGACACACAGACAGGGCAGUAGUUCAGUCAGCGGAAGUCCUGUCCCCUCAACUUCGGGGACCAGUACGCCACGUCGAGGCCGCCGACAGCUGCCUCAGACCCCCGCAACCCCCCGGCCCCAUGUUACUUACUCCCCUGUGGUCCGUAAGGCCGUGCCCACCCCACCUGCAGGGCCACAGGGAAGACCACCUGCCCCAGCCCCCCGACGCUUUUCUCCCGAGCCUCCCCAAGGCCAAGGCCCUCCCCACGGCCAAGGCCCUCCCCACACUGGACCCCCACCCGCCCACCAUGGCACUGCUCGCCAGGGUCAUCAUCCACCGUCUCGUUGGGGAGACACAGGUGGAGGAGGCGGCUCCAAUGAAGGGGACGCCUGCUUCUACAACCAGGACUAUGAUCCCCACCAUGAACCACCUGCGUAUGAGCAGAACCCCAUACAGGGGGGCAACCCUAAUCCACACGGCGUGGCCAACCACCCACUGCCGCCUCCUCCACAACCACAUCCACAUAACCCCCAUCCCCUCCCUCUGCCCCAGCCACACCCCGUAAACAAUCCACACCCUCAUCCGCCGCCCCACCCACAGCCCACUCGCACCUCACCCAGGACUGUACACCACGCGCCUCCUCCAACCACCGCCCUGACUGGGCCUGUGCAGGGCCAGGUGCAGCCUGCCGCCCAGCGUCGCCUGCCCAAUGGCUACCGCUCCUCCUCACCUUCCACACAUCUCCAUGGACCUCCACAUACUGGGCCUCACAAGGUCCCGCCUCAAGCUGGGCAUCCUAGGGGGCCCCGCAAGGGCCUGCAUGAACCCUACAGCGAGACGGAGGAGGACGACUGGUGCUAG